GUCAGAGACACCAGCUUGGUAAAUUGAUGUAACAUUAUUUAGUCAGUCGAUGACAAUUGGGUUUCAAUUCAUCGCGAAAAGUUUUUUUUUUCCAUUCCAUAUCAGAAUGAGAUAUUCACAGUUAAAAAAUGUCGACUUCCACUUAUCUAUUGAAGACCGUGAAUAAGCAGUUUAAUUUAGCUACAAAGUUUGAAGGAGGAUUCGUCAACCGAAUAUAGGGUAUUGCAUAUCUUGAAUCCCAGACCGAUGCCGGGCCCGAUCAUGCCUGUAGACGUUGCCAUGAGGAUCUGCCUGGCACACUCGCCCCCCCUGCGGAGCUUCCUCAGCUCGUACGACGACUGCAGGGCCAGGAACCUGGUCAACGGGUACAAGCCCCUGAGGCCCUGCAUCAUCUCCAAGCAGGAGGUAGAGGCCUCCAGCCUGGGCUGGGAGAGCCCCAAGGCCAAGGGGAAAAAACGAGUGGUGUUUGCCGACUCCAAAGGCAUGUCGCUCACCGCGAUCCACAUCUUCUCCAACUUCGAGGAGGACCCUCUCUCCGAGCUGCAGUUUGACCUGGGUGACCUUGAGGACGGUCCCGUCAGCCUGAAAAUCAACAAGGACAAAAACUUCAUCCUGGACUUCCCUCAGCCUGCCGCCGACUACCUGGACUUUCGGAACCGCCUCAAAAAGAACCUGGUGUGUCUGGAGAACUGCACCAUUCAGGAGAGGUCGCUCGCUGGCACCGUGAAAGUUCGAAACGUUAGCUUUGAGAAGUCUGUCCACAUCCGGGUAACCUUUGACUCCUGGAAAAGUCACACGGACGUUCCCUGCACUUUCAUGAACAAUGUAUAUGGCUGUCCAGACACAGACACUUUCUCCUUCACAAUUGAUCUGCUGAAUGCUGUCCCCCCUGAUGAGCAAAUUGAAUUCUGCAUAAGCUACAAAACCCAUGUUCAGACAUACUGGGACAACAACGAUGAAAAGAAUUACAGGUUGAUCCCUGCUGAGUGUGACGGUGACCAAGGCCAACCUGUGGUCCCGACGAAAGCACCUGAGUACAAGAGCCCGAUGAAAGUGCCGGAGAUGGAGUUUGAUCAGUUCGGAAGCCCAAGGACAUCGAGCGGAUUCUUCCCAGAGUGGCAAAGCUGGGGCCACAUUGAAAACGCCGCCCCCUACUGGUGAUUUCACACAACACUGUUGACAAGUCUUGAAGAGACACAAGCUCUGAUCUUUGCAUGAAGAGAAAACACAACAGUGUAGAUGUACAUCUUGGAAUCCUAGUGUAUCGUAUGUGAUUUCUUAUUUUAAAAAGAUGUCCUUCAGAUCUGUUUGAAAUGGACUUAAGGGAACACUGGGACAUUGUACUAUGUCUCGAACCGUAGACGCCAGCAGAAUUGAGCAUUCUGGGCCCUUUGGAGGAAACGCCCACAUCUUUGUUUUGCUAAUUGAAAAAUAAGGAGGCUCAAACUGUUUUUUUGCCUCAUUUUUAUAUGAUUUGCUGUUUAAUGUGAUCCUACUGAAGUCAACAGAGUACAUUCUCAAAUGUCUGUGCUCUUUUUAGUUGCGAACCUAACCCAGCUAAAUUCCAAAUAUGUUUGAGUAGCAAGCAAUCUUAAUCCUGACUUUCUCAAGGUCAAAGUGUUUAAGUGUUCUGAUUCUACUGAAAAGCAAUAUUAGAACAGGCAAUACAUGUAGGGUUACUUAGAACAUGCAAGGACAGAAAUGAAGAUUGUAAUAUAUUUCCAAAUCUUAUUUGCUGUGAACUAAAGCAUUUUCAUGAAUCUAAGACGCAGUAGAUCAUGUGAUGUCAUAAGAUAGAUGCCUACCUUUGUAUUUGUGUCUGAUUUUCAGUUUGCCUGUACACAAAGCAAUAGUGUUUCAGAAAAUGUAAACUGUAGUUAAAGCUUCCUGAAACGAGAAGUCGAGCACACGUUUGGAAGUCUAUACUUCUCAUGGUCACUGUAUAAAAUGUCUUUAUCAGCAAGGUACAGAUUUGUAUAUUCAAAAGUUUUAUCUGAAAGGGUCAAAAAGUGAAACUUUUUUUUUUUUAUGUGGAAAGUGCCUUUUUUCCCUUAGCUAAACAUCUCUGUAAAGCAUGUGUUUAGAAACCUGACCUUUUGAAAUUCCCUCUGUUUCAUUACAGUAUUGAUUGCCACCCAUUGUGGCAUUCAUUUGCUUAAUGUAGCUAAGCCAUGUGAAUGUCACUGUAAUGAACACAGUGAGGAUGAUUUUGCACUGAUUGAAAACUGCCUUUAGAAUCUCAGAGUGUGAAAGAUAGGUAAUUGGUACACUGUGAAGUCCUUCAUAUUGAAGGUGUUUUUAAUUCACGGUAUCUGUAAAUUAUCAACUUUCAGAUAGGAACAGUUGGACAAAGGAUUUUUGUGAUGCCCCAGGAACAUUGAUAUUUAGCUGUAAAUGACAAAAAAAUUAAUUGUCCCUUUUGCACAUAAUGCAUCCAUGUUUUAAGACUUCCUAUACAGUACAAACACAAGCAAUGCACUUUUCACCAACUUUUACCUGUUUGCUGCUAUAUUUCGGAAUCAGCUGGUUUCUCUGUAUUGCAUUUUGAAUCCAUGGCAUGUGAUUUAUCCGUUUUGAACUGGAGAAAGGAUUGUGAAGGAACUAGGAAUGUUCAUUUUGAAAAGUUUGAGUAUGUAAGGAAAAAGUGAAUAAGUUCCAUUGGAUGAUAGUUCAAUGGAAACGUUUGAAAUGGAGCCAUUGCCUUUUCUUAUUUGUUUUUCCGUCCUUCUAGAGGAAAAGCAGGUUUGUCUUAAAGUGCAAAUGCCCUGGACUUGAAAGUCUUUUGUGAAUGGUAAAUGUCUUGUGAGCUUUUGUGUAUGUUGUGAAUGUUCAAGUUCGAAACAUAAACAUGGUGUCUGACCGCCAGGUAUUUUUCUACUGCAAGGUGAGGUUUCUGUGUGAAAGAAUGGUUGAUUUCAUUUUGUGUUCCUUUCAGAAAUAAAACUUUAUGAUUUAA